GGUGUCCGGCGCUUGUGUCAAGCCCGAAAGCCGCGCGCCGACGGUAGUCAUGAGCAGGUCCCUGAAGCCGGACCUGAAGGUCUGGCGCCAGGCGGCCACCAUAGUGCUGGCGGCGGGAUGGAAGAGCCCCGGUGCCGCCGCGUCUUCCGUGCAGUCCGCGGAGGACUUUAGAUUGCUGCUUUUGCAGCGCUCCAAGAGCCAAGGCUUCCUGCCCGGCGCGCACGUCUUCCCAGGCGGCGCGCUAGACGCUUCAGAUCGCUCGGCUGACUGGCUGCAGCUCUUUGCGCCGCACCACCUGCCCCCUCGCUUUGGACUGGGCCCAGCUCCGGCCCAGCGAUCAGCCGUACCGGAGUUGCCCAACUCGCAGCCUACCUCGCUGCCCGAGGUCGCAGACGGCGACGCCGCGGCGCUGCCUGAUGACGUAGCCUUGCGCAUCUGCGCCAUCCGCGAGGCCUUCGAGGAGGCAGGAGCGCUGCUGUUGCGGCCCAGGGGUGUCCGGCGUAUUUCGGAGUCCCAGGAUUCCGCUCCCGAUCUCGACUGCUCCCUCGAGCCUCCGCCGGACGUGUCCAUCUGGCGUACCCGCGUCAGUGGCGACGCGCGCCACUUCCUGGACCUGUGUGCACAACUGGACUGCACGCCCAACAUCUGGGCGCUGCACGACUGGAGCGGAUGGCUCACGCCGUUCGUGGCUGAGAAACGCCACCGCUUCGACACAAGUUUCUACCUGUGUUGCUUGCGCGAGCAGCCGCCCAUCCAACCUGAUUUGACCGAGGUGGUGGACUGCCAGUGGUUAUCUCCAUCAGAAGCAACUAAAAGUUUCCUUUCAAAAGAAAUUUGGCUGGCACCCCCACAGUUCUAUGAAAUAAGAAGACUUGAAAACUUUGCUUCUCUUUCUAACUUGCACAAAUUUUGUUUGGAGCAUGCAUCAGAAAGGACUGAAAGAUGGCGGCCUGUCACCUGUGUAACUGCUGAUGGCAUGAUCCAGCUUUAUCCAGGAGAUGAGCUAUACUUAGAAGAUUCACACCUUUUAGAAAAGGUUUUGUCUACUGAAAAAAAGACUGAAGAAAUCAUGAAGGAAGCCAAGAAACUUCACCGAUUAGUGCAACACAGCAGGCAUCACUAUAGUAUUCACGUGACUAUUCCAUCAAAGGGUAAACACAUUUACCCUAAGAGUUAUGUAGUAAAUAAGAGCCAUUUGUAGGGUAUAGCUUCUUUGCAAGCUAGCCUUCUUGAAGUACAUUUAAUGAUUAAUGACGACCAACUAUAUUUGCUUAAAACUUAAGGAACUUUGUGUCUCUGAAAGUUAUAAUGCAGGCUGGGGUUUUUAGCUCAGUGGUUCUGCUGCCUGCCUCACAAGUGCAAGGUCCUGAGUUCAAUCCCCAGUACCGGAAAAGUAAAUAAAUAAAUAAAAGUUAUAAUGCAGUGUUUCUUAUUUCAAGUGGAGGUCUCGUUAUAUAAAUUGUAUAGUAUGCCACAAUAUAAAAUUUAUUAAUGAU